GGAGACGUCUGCACAUAUAAAGAGCAGCAGGAAGCCAACAGGACAGAGUAGCACUGUGGUGGCGGAGACUCGUUACUCGUCCCGGGACGCUGCAGAGGAAAUACUGCUGAUCAAACAACCAACAACACAGCUUGUCGCUACUGUCACCUUCAGCAACAUGAGAGAGUGCAUCUCCAUCCAUGUGGGCCAGGCGGGUGUCCAGACAGGAAAUGCAUGCUGGGAGCUCUUCUGCCUCGAGCACGGCGUCGGUCCUGAUGGCGUCUUCCUGGACCUCCCUGCAGAAGCAAACUCCCGAGAAGAUCCAUUUAAUACUUUCUUCAACACUGGGAGCUUUGGACGUCAUGUUCCAAGAGCGAUAUAUGUCGACCUGGAGCCCACAGUGGUUGAUGAAGUGAGGGUCGGGAAGUACAGAGAGCUGUUCCACCCCGAGCAGCUGAUCUCUGGAAAGGAGGACGCUGCCAACAACUACGCUCGUGGCCAUUACACUGUUGGGAAAGAAAUCAUUGAUGGAGUCAUGGAGCGUGUUCGUAAAAUGACGGACCAGUGUACAGGCUUGCAGGGGUUCCUGGUCUUCCACAGCUUUGGAGGGGGGACCGGCUCUGGCUUCACCUCUCUGCUGAUGGAGCGUCUGUCUGUAGACUACGGCAAGAAAUCCAAGCUGGAGUUUGCGGUGUACCCAGCUCCCCAGGUGUCCACUGCUGUGGUGGAGCCCUACAACGCCAUCCUGACCACCCACACCACCCUGGAGCACUCCGACUGUGCCUUCAUGGUGGACAAUGAGGCCAUCUACGACAUAUGCCGCCGCAACAUGGACAUCGAGAGUCCUGGGUACAUCAACCUCAACAGGUUGAUCGGUCAGAUAGUUUCCUCCAUCACUGCUUCCCUUCGUUUCGAUGGCGCCCUCAACGUCGAUCUCACGGAGUUCCAGACCAACUUGGUGCCGUACCCUCGUAUCCACUUCCCUCUGGUGACCUACUCGCCCAUCAUUUCUGCUGAGAAGGCCUACCAUGAGCAGCUGACCGUGUCCGAGAUCACCAGCGCCUGUUUUGAACCGACCAAUCAGAUGGUGAAGUGUGAUCCUCGUCAUGGCAAGUACAUGGCCUGCUGCCUGCUGUACCGAGGCGACGUCGUCCCAAAGGAUGUGAACACUGCCAUCGCAAACAUAAAGACCCGACGUUCCAUUCAGUUUGUCGACUGGUGCCCCACUGGCUUCAAGGUCGGCAUUAAUUACCAACCUCCAACUGCUGUUCCUGGUGGAGACCUGGCGAAGGUCCAGAGAGCUGUGUGCAUGCUGAGCAACACCACCGCUAUCGCUGAGGCCUGGUCUCGCCUUGACCACAAGUUUGACCUCAUGUAUGCUAAGCGAGCCUUUGUCCACUGGUACGUGGGUGAAGGCAUGGAGGAGGGAGAGUUUGCAGAGGCCAGAGAGGACCUGGCCUGUCUGGAAAAAGAUUACGAGGAAAUGGGCCAAAUUGACCCUGAUUCUGAAAAUGAUGAUGAUGAAUGCUAAUCUUGAGGCCUUAGGCUGAGCUAACAAAGCAGUUUUUGUCUCCUGAUUUUAUAUUAUGUCUUUUAAGCUAGAGUUAACCUAAGUCCUGACAUAUCUGUGUAGAUUCUCAGUUAUUCAGGUUAUAGUAAUCCUAAGGUUGGUGAAAAGUGACUGGAUUUCAGUUUGAGAACUGAAAAAGCCUCUUCAAUACCAUGAGUGUCUUCAACAACCAAAAAGAGAAGUCCAGAUGCUUUUUACUGCAGCUCUUAGGACAAAGCAAUGACCUUUCUCACGGCCUCGUUUUUUAUAGUGCCACCUUUAGAUUCAAAGAUCAAAGUUGAAUUUGAAUUGUGGUCUGAAAUAAAGCUUGUCUUGAUA